GAGGCACAUCGGUUGCUCUCGCCGAGUCUCUUGCAUCAUUGCCAAGAUGGCGGCGGUGGCCUGUAGGGGUGUUCGUGCCGUGCUUUUGAAGGCCCCCGGCACGACGAUAACAGCACCGACCGCCAAGUUUUCAACCCUGAGGCAAAUGGCGGCCACCAGGAAGGCUGUACUGGCAGCUCUGGGCGUCCUGGGCGGGGGUGCAGCGGGUGUGGCCUACGCCCUCAACGAGUCAGUGAAGGCGUCUGACCUUACUCUCCACACCACCACCUUCCCCUGGGCCCACAAUGGCAUCUUCUCCUCCCUGGACCAUGCCUCCAUCCGCCGUGGUUAUGAGGUGUAUAAGAACGUGUGCGCUGCCUGUCAUUCCAUGAAGUACAUCGCCUUCCGUAACCUGAUCGGCGUCUCCCACACUGAGGCCGAGGCUAAGGAGGAGGCGAUGGGUGUGCAGAUCACCGAUGGGCCAGAUGAUGAAGGCAACAUGUUCCAAAGGCCCGGCAAGCUCUCUGACUACUUCCCGAGCCCUUACACCAAUGACGAAGCUGCCCGCUCUGCUAAUAAUGGUGCCCUGCCGCCUGACCUCUCUUACAUCACUUCUGCUCGCCACGGAGGGGAGAACUACAUCUUCUCACUGCUGACCGGCUACUGCGACCCCCCUGCCGGUGUUUCUGUGAGGGAGGGACUCUACUACAACCCCUAUUUCCCGGGUGGUGCUAUUGGCAUGGCCCAGGCACUCUACAAUGAGGUCAUGGAGUACAGCGACGGCACGCCAGCCACCGCCUCACAGAUGGCCAAGGAUGUGUCAGUGUUCCUCAAGUGGGCCUCUGAGCCGGAGCACGACGACCGCAAGAGGAUGGCCCUGAAGGUGCUCAUGAUGUUCACGAUGCUAUUUACUGUCUCCUACUACAUCAAGCGACACAAGUGGUCCGUACUCAAGAGCAGGAAGAUCGCAUACAAGCCUCCUCAAUAGUAACCAACACAUCACACACUAGGAACCCUUUUACCAGCCUCGUUGUUGCCUCUUAGGAGCCUGUUCACCAUCCUUACAAUGGCCACCAGGAAUAUUCUCACCACCCGUGUUGCAAUAGAUAAGUUGUGUUGACAUGCCCAUCCUUGGUAUUGGGCGCUACUCUGUAUUGUCCAGAACCAUCAUCAGUAACAACAGAAUAACAUAAAUUAGUCUGCCAAGUGUGAUGUGAUGGGGAUGCAUUACAUAAUCAUUGCAACUUGACUCAUAAUGUUCACCACUGCCACUCUCGCUGUUGAGAAAGAAUGUUGAUGACACCUUAAGCUCAUUAAGAGGAGGCAUAGCUACUCAAGUCUUUGUUUCUUCUUGUUUUAAGAAUUGGUAUGGGAGCUAAAAUUGUCCGUGUGUUUUAAGAAUACUUGGUGUGUAAGCUGGAUUUAUUUUACAUAUAAACUCUUCAGUAAAGAAGUUAUGUGGUGUACAAAUCAUUGUACAUAGUGAUAUUUAUUUGGCAGUCACUAAGAAGACUAGUAUAUUGCCAAAACUUGUACAUUACCAGAAAUUAAAGUAUUGAAAUACA